GACUUCUGGGUUUGCAGCAUUGACCGUCUCUGUGGCAUUUAACUCAAGUGUGUGUGGAAGUUGACUCUGAACUCUGGCCUCUUUGACAGAAGCCAGGUCCCUGAGUCGUAUUUUGGAGAGACAGAUGCAAGAAGCCCUUGACCUUCUGAACAUACACCUCAAUAAUGGUGCAGGAAAGACAAUGCCAAGGUGAGGGAAGGGAGCCUGCUGGACCCUGAGACUCUGGUCAGCUGCUCUGAUUUCCAUGUUACUUCUCAGCACCUGUUUCAUUGCGAGCUGUGUGGACAGAGUUUUCUGUGUAACAAGCCCUGGCUGUCCUGGAAUUCUCUCCAUAGAUCAGGAUGGCCCUGAACUCACAGAGAUCCUCCUACCUCUGCCUCUUAAGUGCUGGGAUUAAAGGCAUAUGCUACCACCAGCCUGGAAUUGUUAUCUUAAUCUUAUUAUCUGGUCUGACUUCACAGUGACUUACCAGUUUAUGAUGGACCAGCCCAGUAGAAGACUAUAUGAACUUCACGCAUACCAUUCCGGUCUCACCUGCUUCAGUGAAGGGACUAUGGUGUCAGAAAAAAUGUGGGGAUGCUGCCCAAAUCACUGGAAGUCCUUCGGCUCCAGCUGCUACCUCAUUUCUACCAAGGAGAACUUCUGGAGCACCAGUGAGCAGAACUGUGUCCAGAUGGGGGCUCAUCUGGUGGUGAUCAACACUGAAGCCGAGCAGAAUUUCAUCACCCAACAGCUGAAUGAGUCACUUUCUUACUUUCUGGGUCUUUCUGAUCCACAAGGUAAUGGCAAGUGGCAAUGGGUCGAUGAUACUCCUUUCAGUCAAAACAUCCGGUUCUGGCACCCCCAUGAACCCAAUCUUCCAGAAGAGCGAUGUGUUUCAAUAGUUUACUGGAAUCCUUCGAAAUGGGGCUGGAAUGAUGUUUUCUGUGAUAGUAAACACAAUUCAAUAUGUGAAAUGAAGAAGAUUUACCUAUGAGUGCCUAUUAUUCAUUAGUAGCUUUAAAGUUCAGACCCACCAAGAAGCCAUAAUUUCUUGGCGUGUACAUCUGCCGGAGGCCAUUCUUUUCCUAGCCAUUCCUCUUUACUCACGACAGAAUGAGUCCUUUCUCCUUCUGAUGGUUAGAGUUUUGUUAACUUGACACAAACUAAAGUCACCUGGGGAGUAGGAUCUUCAGCUAAGGAAUUGCCUCUGUCAGCUUGACCAGUCAUCAUGUCUGGGUGCAUUUUCUUGAUUAAUGAUUGUUUUAAGAGGGUCCAGGGGGUAAGCAAUGCUGCAAACUCCAUGAAGAGCAAGCCGGGGAGCAUCAUCCAUCCAUCUCUGCCCUCAGGUUUCUGUCCCAGGAUCUUGCCCUGCCUGGUUUCGUUCUAUUAUAAGAUGAAUAAACAAUUUCAUCC